AUGCAGUUGUCGAAUGAGGCCAAGGAUGUUGAGAAUCGAAACUUGCAAGCUCUGCUCAACGAGAAGCAGGAGUCAGACUUUGACGAGGGUAUCAGUGAUGAUGCAUUGCGGAAACGUCUGAACCGCUUAUGCGAGCGCAAGAAGAAUGGGCAUUUGCAGGUCCCGCAGGAGCUGCACGACAUGUGGCUCAAAGGAGGUGAUGAGCGCAAGCUCCUAUUACAGCGCCUCCAGGAGGCUGGUCUUGACAAGGACAAGUUCAUUUCCACAGUCUGCUUGGAGAUCAAGCAGAAGGAAGGUGUCAAGGUCCGGUCCCGCAUCAAGGGCGUUAAGGAGUAUUGCGAAGCCAAUCGGGCAGAAUUGAUCGGGUGGGACAAAUACGAAAACAAGCCCAAAUACUGGUAUGAGGAGGAUUUGGAAAUGGAGUGGGAGAAGCAAAAGGAACGAAGUGCAUCCACAACUACAAAAAUGGAGAUGCAGAGGACAGGCGAAAACGUUGCCAAUGACAUGACGACGCCCAUGCAGAUGGAUAUGCAACUUGCUGCCCGAGGCAUGGGCGAGCCUGGCAAGGCUCCGGUGCCAAUGACCACUGGAUCCAGGGGAGGAGACUCGCUGCUUCCUUGCGUGCCAAGGAAUGCUGUGCCGUCCAGUGUUGUGACAAAGUACAUGGAUGGACUUGCAAAGCGGAUCAACAAGGACCUGGGUCAGAAGUAUGGAGAUAUCGAUCCGAUUGUGGCCAAAGUUGGCAAAUUGACAAAGGAUUUGGAGGCUGUGCUCAGCAAGAUGACCGAUGUCUACUCCGAGGGAGCUGUAGAAGGCUACAGUGCAGAGACACAGGAUUCUGUGACCCUGGAAGUGCGGACCAAGUCAAUCCCGAUUCCAAAGAGUUCUGCAGUGAAGCCCAAAGCCAAAGCCAAAGGCACCCCCAAGGUUGCACCAAAACCCGCGGCGAAGCCAGAAGCGGCGAGUGCCAAGCCUGGAAAGCGUGGGAAGAAGUAA